GCAGUUCGCUCGGACUCCCAAACAGUGUCAACUUUCGCGUGUGUGUGCGUACGGUGUUGUGGCUCCGUGUCUCGUGCGGUCCCGUGUCCGGAGUGUUGUGCGUCGAGUGGGCCGCCCAAAAGACCCGCCCCGUUUGGAUUACGUCGGAUGGCAGCGGCGAGGGACGGCACCAACUCUUACGGAUUACCCGCUGGAAUGCGAUCGGCGGCGGCUACGUGAGGCGGGAUCAUGGUCCUGCUGCCCGAGGGCGGCCAGCUGAGCGUGGCCGAGCUGCGCGACGUGGCUGCCCGCCAGCAGCAGCAGAUCGAGGCCCAGCAGCAGCUGCUCGUGGCCAAGGAGCAGCGGCUCAAGUUCCUCAAGCAGCAGCACCAGCGGCAGCUCCAGCAGGGACAACAGCAAGGCCAUGAGCCCGAGCAGAGGCUACGCGCCCUGCGUGACCGCGUCCAGAUGCAAGAACUCAAGCUGCGCAGGCUCAGGCAGCUCAGGGGCCAGGUGGACCAGCAGCACGCCAACAACGCCAACCUCAGUGCGGAGCUGGACUCGAUCCGGGCCUUGUUCAGCGAAAAAGAGAAGGAGUUGUCCGUGGCCGUGGCCAAGGUGGAGGAGCUCACUCGGCAGCUGGAGGACGUGCGCCGCUCCAACCACUUGCAGGGCAGCCGCGCACUGGUCUCCCCGACCAAUGCCGCCCACGAGCUUGACAAGCUGCGCAAGGAGCUCAUGGUGCGUGCCCAGCUGACGGAACAGCAGUCUGUGCGCAUAGCGCAGCAGCGAGAGGCUCUCAGCCGCCGCCAGGGGGAGGUGGCGGACAUGGACCGGCGCAUCGGGGAGUUGCAGCAGCGCCUGCUCAAGAAGCGCCUGCACAACCAGGCGCUGCAGGCCCCGCCCCCGAGGCCCCCCCCACCCAGGGCCCCCCCCGGGCCCCCCCCACUCCGCAGGGGCCCUAACGUGGCCGCUGUGGAGCCCCUGCAGAGGGGGCCGCCUCCCAGCAAGAAGGACCCCAAGUACCAGACCCUGCCCUACAACACCAAGUUCUGCCUCAAGCCCCGGCCAGAGUGCACCGUGUCUGGCGUCCAGGAGCAAGGGCCCGAAGAGAGCCCCGAACCGGACCCCAAGAAGCAGAAGAGCCCCGAAGCGGCCACAACUGUCUCCGCGGUCCCCGGCUCCAAGCCCCCCGAACCGCAGACGAAACCCCCGCCACCCGAGCCGAGCCCCGAAGAGCCGCCGGCCGCCCCUACGCCGCACGAGGCCCCCGCCACUCCUGCUGCACCACCCGCAGUAAACUGCCGGGCCACUGCACCGAGCCCUGUAGUGCCGUGCCCACGUGCUUCGGCCACCCAGAUCCCCGUACGACUGCGUCCAGCAGCCGUUGCGUCCAGCCAGCCCGUCUCUCCCGUCGUCACCGACUUCAGGGUGCCAGUCAAGGGAGCGUCGGCCGAGCAGUCGUGUGCCGCCGCACCCUCGUCGGUUGGAGAGCCACGAGCCAAGCCAAAGCCGAGCGUCCCCCCCAAGCCCCAGGUGCCCCCCAAGCCGGCAGCGAGCGCCAAGCCCCACCCCCAGGCGGAGACGUCCUCCGACGACCUCGAUGCGGGGACCCCCCAGACCCCCCUUGAACCCGUCCGGACUCCGCCCCCUGCCCAGAGGCACGUGCCCAAGCCUCCCCUGCAACGUCCCACCCAGCUCGCCCAACCCAGGUGCUCAGUGGCCCCUACGGACGAACAGAAGGACCUCGAGGUGAGCGAGGAGCAGCCGGCACGCACCGAAGGCGACGGUGGGACGCACGAGGAGCUGGCCGCCUCGGACACGGAGAGCGGCGAGGAGCAGCGUGCCCCCUGCCCUGCCUCAACGGAGGCACCAGGUGCCAGGAAGGGCAACCUCAAGACCCAGGGCUCGACCAAGAACCCGCACAGGGUCAGCUUCGACCCCCUGGCCCUGCUGCUGGACGCGGCCCUAGAGGGGGAGCUCGAGCUGGUCAAGAAGACCGCCCUCGAGGUUCCCAACCCCAGCGCGGCCAACGACGAGGGCAUCACGGCCCUUCACAACGCCAUCUGCGCGGGCCACUUCGACAUUGUCAAGUUCCUGGUCGAGUUCGGCUGCGACGUCAACGCGCAGGACAGCGACGGAUGGACGCCCCUGCACUGCGCUGCCUCCUGCAACAACCUGGCCAUGGUGAAGUUCCUGGUGGAGCACGGGGCUUGCAUCUUUGCUGCCACGCUCAGCGACCACGAGACAGCUGCCGAGAAGUGCGAGGAGGACGAGGAGGGCUUCGACAACUGUUCCGAGUACCUCUACAGCGUGCAGGAGAAGCUGGGCAUCCUGCACGGGGGCGUGGCGUACGGGGUGUUUGCCUACGAGGCCCACAACCCGGACGAGCUGAGCUUCCAGGAGGGGGACAUGGUGCUGGUGCUGCGCAAGGGCGACGACGCCGAGCGCCACUGGUGGUGGGCACGCCUGGGCGACCGAGAGGGCUACCUGCCACGCAACCUACUCGGGCUCUACCCCCGGGUGAAGCCCUGUCGCGAGGUCGACCCCGCCGACUGCUCCUAACAGGACUCGGGGGAGGCCUCCCAGUCUGCCGGGAGCAUACCCUGACGAGCACAGAUCGCCACGUCAUGCGCAGGACUUGCCUUACGCUAUGUCCGACCGACCGUCGAAUGCGGCGAACCACCCCACGCAACCCACCUUUGUAUCCGCAUUUGUACCUUGCCGUCCCGAGUGCAAGACCGAAGAGCCCACCGGCUUUCGGGGUCGCUGCCGAGAUGUCUAAGCGUUGCCCGAGCUCCGUGGUGAGAGACGCGAGUUGGGAGGGGUCCCUGCCGUGUCUUUUAGGGGGUCCUGCGACAGAUGUGCCAGGCUGCUGCCAGAUUUGUUGCAGAAACUGGUUAACGGACAAUGCUGAGAAGCUCGCGAAAUUAGUACUAUGUAGUAUUUCUGGAGCCAAAGGCAUAUGGCCUUCGGGCGACACCUCCGUCGAUCCACCCUCGACUUCUACGGAAAAGCCGAGGCAGUCUCACAGAGGGAAGAGCUGAAGUUGCGGACCUUGUUUUUUUUUGUCUUUUCGGGCCUUCUCUUUUUUGUGACUUUUUUUUUUUUUUUUGCACGAGACCAACGGUGACGCUUUUCACCGUGUGUUGUCUUCGGCAAGAUAAGAUAUUGCGGGCCUAAAUUUGGUGGUCUACCUUUUUCCUUUUAAAUUGUGCACAUCGUAAGUGCUGCGUGUCAUUACAGAAAGCAAAAGGUAACAUGCGAUUGCAAGAUUACCCGUCUUUAUUUUUCAAUUUUGAACCACUCCAGCAUAAUUUUAUUUGUUGUUUCAUACCCUGCAACUUUUAUGCUGACCAAAGUUUUAAUGGAGAUGUAAGCAGGAUAUCUGCCAGAAGUGCGCGAUUCAAAGAAAACGAGGUAAAAAAAAAGUGCUAAGACAUGUUUUUUUGUUGUUCUUGCAUUUUUGCUGUAUUUCCUUUAUUUGGAGUGACGUGCCAGAAAACUGCAUUUUUUACGAAGAAUUUUGAUGUUGGCCUCCCCUUCCCGUCUUGUAUCUCUCCCUCCCUCUUGCUUAGUAGCUGCAAAGCGAAGACGUGCAGAGAGAGAUAUUGUUCAUUGCUCUUGCUCCAGUGUCGAGCUGUUUCCACCUAAUCGUUGCACUAUUAGUCUGGACGAGAUGCCAUUGUUUCAGAACUCGCCAAGCGAUUUUUGAAAGCUAUAAACUUUAGCAUCCUGUCCUGACUUCUAGUGCUACAUUUACAAUGGAGACACGAGUAUUUGGUUUUGUGUAGUUUAUUUUUAUGACGAGAAAAACAUAGCUCUCUUCCAAACAGCUCUUACAUGAGCUCACAGAGGGGGUUUGUACGACUCUAUAUUAAAAGGCCUGCACCACCUGUCGGCCUUGCACACCUUGGAACUCUGCAGCUGUACUGAUAUCUUCUGCUCGGAACUUUUCAAAUCUUUAGGUCGCCAUUAAUUCACAGCUUUAGGGUUAUACUGAAGCCUGCCUGUUUCAGUUAACCUCCUUGAGCUGGUGCAGACUUCCUCAGGUGAUUCAAACAAUAGAUAUUUAUGUUAAUUUUUGCUGGAGUGGCAAGGUAGAGCGAGAGGUGGUCCCAGACAUUAGUUCUAGGGGAGGCAAAUUCCAGAUAUUGGUUCGGUGGAGGGGGGCAAUAAUCUAGGCGGCAGGAGCGACCAUAAAAGUCACGGCAGACAGCGCCCGGGAGAUUAUCUCAGAUAUCUCAGAGCCGUCGCCGCCAUGUCGCGUGGUGCCGCCUAGACCAAGAAUAUCUCAAAGUGAUUGCUAACAUUCUCUUUUAAAGAGAGCUAGAUGACAGAACUUGAAAUGAUUUGUGAGGUGUGGCUGGCGUACAGUGCAAUCCACUUACAACGAUAACGCAAAAACCCAAACAUUCAAUCGUUAUAACCGAUUAUUGUUAUAUCUGGGCUAGGAACUGAUCGUUUCUUGUGAAACUAAAAACUGAUCGUUAUAAGUGGUACAUUGCUAUAUGUGGUAUCGUUAUAAGGGGAGUGCGCUGUACAUCGAAGUCAACUGACCACUUCCAGUGAACAAAGGUGCUCCUACAUUCUUCAAAUAAAUGUAAAAGAAAAAGCAUGAGUGAAGAGGCUUUGGAGGGGGCGAACGCCCCCCUCGCUCCCCCCUUAGUACUGCCCCUGGUUGGAGCCAUGAAUCACUAUCAGAUAGCCUGAAUGAAGGUUCUGUUGUCUACUGUGUUGGGGGAAUUGCGCUAGAAAUUCAAAAACAGAGCAAAUGAUAUUGCUUUAAUGAAGCUUAAAAGGGUCAUAAAACGAUAUCGGGUUGGAAUGUUUAUGACCUUACAGAGGGGUACUUGUCCUAGUCUGGCACAAGUAUACUCGCACGGACCACCACUGAUUCAGAAGCUUCUCGGUCGCAGUGAAAUUGCGAGGAUAAAGGGGCACUAUUUCUUUCAGGCUUGCCUUCGCAAAGCUUGAUGGCAUAAUUGUAAGAUAGAAACCACCCGCCUGACGACAGUCGCGGCUGGGGGAUUGGACACGAGAACUGCGUGAGCACUGAAGUUCGGCUCGGAACAAUCAAUGCCUUGGCGGACAGUCGGGUAGUGGCUCGUGUCCAACCACUGGAGUGAUGAGAAUAACCGAACUCUAACAAUGCCGGGAACUCGGCAUACGUUUUCUACUUUGCCGAACCAGCGAGUGGGUAUAAUUAACAUUGGCAGCAUAGGAUAGGCACCAGGCAACGUGUCCGUUUGUUCUGGCUCCGAGUUAAGGGGAUGGUUGCCACUCGUAUUUCUCGAAUUUCUUUGCCGACUGCCACUGCUUAAAAAGAAAAUCUAAGGCAAGUUUAUUCAGUUCUUAACGUUAGGGAGUGAUUCUGAGUUGUAUUUAGCGCAAGUAGAAAGAUUGUUUCAUGGCCCCUCUAAUAUAAUCACAACCAAAAUAUGAUGCUAGACUUCCUUCUAGAACCGGUGUUAGAAAUGCUCUCAUCAGCUCCUUGAGUACCACUAAAGUGGCAGCUACCACUAGAGCAACACUGGGCAACGCUUCAGCAUUUUUGUGCAGACCCUUUGCGAUACCACUCCUAGAGCCGGUUAGCAAUUUUGUCUUCGCUUAGUGCUUUCAGUUUUGCCAUAAGCACCUCAAAACCAAAGUGUAGGGCCAGACAACUUCUAAAUUUUACUGAGCGCAGGAAAAAAAAGAAAUAAUGACACCACGAAAUUCAGGAAUGCUGACCUCACUAAAAACGGUCGUACCCAUCUCCAGAACCCACGAUGUUCAGCGGAGUCGCCUUUUAAAGUGCAGACGAAAAAUACCUCCGUAAUCUAGUAUUCUUUAUUAAAACUCAACUUGUCCUUUAAAGGUAGGCUUAUGGGUUUUUUCGAUAUGCAAGUAUUUCUAGAAUUGCCUCAUUUUUAAUGUUUGCCAUUGCUAUGCUCUGUAAAAGUCACUUCCUCUAGAUGAGCUUUGUAAGAGAAUGUUCAGUCAUUAUGUUGUGCCUGAGUGGCUCUAAUUUUGUUUCACCAAUCAUCCAAAGAGCUUUGCAAUGUCCUAGCGACAGAAGACUACAUAAUUGCCCAGCCAGGAGGGUAAUUUUCGGAGAAGCCCCCAGCAUGCACUAAAGUAAAAACAAAACAGCAUAUUCGUAAUAUCAUGUUUCUUGGGUAUGACUUUCUUGUACAGCAGUAUUUCUGUGCCAGUUAAAUUUUUUAUGGGAUGCACUUUUUUUUCUAUUCUGUAUUAUGACUCCUGGCCUUCACUGGUAGCAUAUCUGGUGUCUUGUAUAAUACUGCCACUACACUACGAUCCUUUACUGCAGUAGUAUUUGGUGCAUGCACUAACGAGCUGUUCGUUGGUGUGUUCACAUGAAGCUGGUGUUAUUUGGCUCUCUGAAUAUAGUUUUGUCAAGUUUGCAUGGUAUAACCAGAGCUUGUUAGCGAUGAAUGGUAACACCCAGGCCCCAGGCAUCUGUGGUUAUUACUCUGAGGAAUUGUGUGAAAGUGUUUGGUGCCUUUCAUUGUCUCGUUCGUUCACUCAUCGUCAUUGCCUAUCUGCAUGCUGAAGACAUUGUGCGUGCUUGUCCACUUUGUCGUGGAACAAUGGGCACAGGCUGUCAUACUGAAGCUGCCUUUAUCAAGUUGCAUCCUGUUGUCAUAAUAUGCACUUUCUGGUUAUUGUUAAAAUGGAAAAGCUUCUCUGGAGGGCACUCGGUAAAUUAUCUUCCCCAAUAUCGAAGACGAGACUCGGGAGAAAAUACUUUUGUGUUCAUGUUAUGUUCCUUCUGAAUGGGAGGGUUUAACUUAACCUGCACAUUCUCCCAUGAUUUCAAACGGCUAAGUCUUUGGGAACAACAAACUUCCUGUCCAACAUCGUAAUUUUUACUUUAUCCCUCGAAAACCCAGUUCCUUGUCGGAAUUUAAGGAAAAUAAAUGACUGCAAGAGGGUUUUUAUGCAAGAUGCUUUAGUUCAGCUAAUUGGUUUGUUGCUUUUGUUAAGUGGUUCUCAACCACUGACGUGGGACCGCUUCUGGAUCGGUCGAAGUGAUGGGGGACCCCAUCUGCAGGUGGGGCGGGGGUAAUUGUAAGGACAAAAUGAAAUUCAAAUAAAUUUAGAAUAACUAAAGCAUAGAAUUGUACUAAUUCUUGAUAUACCUGUCUUCCAUAUUAGACUACAUAACUUACCGAGUGUCCCUUUCACUUGCAGUGCCUGUCAUUUGUAGCCCAGUAUAUCACCCAAAGCUCAAAUUUCCCCGAGCUCACUGUUAUGCUCUGCUGUGCAAGUGUGGAUCUGACAUCCUGGUGACCAAAUACACUAUAUAUAUCCACUUCAGCAUGGACCAAAUCAUUUACCAAGGAAAUGGUUUGUUGUGCUUCUAGACAGGAAGUGACCAGUGAGAGCUUAUUGUGGACGGUACUACCGAAAUACUACAAUGCACAAUAAACUGUACAACUCAACGAAAACAAAAAUCAUGAACAUAGCGAGAGUUUGGCUUUCUUUAUUUUUAUUUUCUGAAGUGUGAAUGUACUUGGAGUGCUCAUGAUUGAGUGAAUUUGGGAAGUUAUGAAUCCAGAAUGUGUGUGAGUGAAGUUUUACCAUAAUGGGGCUGUGAUCGGUCGCGAAUGACUCUUUGUUGGCAAGGUGCACCCGCUGGGUGCCUUUGGGGACUUGGACCAAUAAAAUGGCUCUGUGUGGCCUCUUUUUUU